AUUCAGUGAUAUAUUUCAUUUGCCAUUAUUAUCAUCAAUGAAAGCUAUGUGAUUGCUUACUUGUUUGAAGUAAAUGAUAAAUGGAAUACAAUUGUAGCUGAGAGGAAGUCAAAGGUCAAAGACAUGUCUAGUGCAGGAAUUAAGUUUGACGAGAAUGAACAGAAAGAACGGGAAAACUUUACACAAUUGCUUUUUACCGUUCAAGGCCCGUGCACUUGGUGCUUAGAAAAAACUCUUUUAAAGUACAUUCUAGAUUCGGGUACAACACUUGAUAUAUUUCUGCAGUCAAAAAAACAAGACAUACUUCUUUCGAGAGUCGGACGACAGAGAAAGUACGAUUUUUUCCCUCAGAAUGGAUCCGGCACGGAUUUGGGGACAUGGGAUGUACAGAUGUUUUGGCUGAUAUUAACCAAUAUUUUACAAAAGGUGACGCCGACACAAACAAAUGACAUAGACAAUGUCAAAGACAUUCGAAACAAACUAUGUCACCUCCCUAAUCCGAGGCUGAGCGAUGGUGACUUUAAUCUUUAUCAACGACAGAUUACGACAUUCAUCGACGAAACAGUAAAGUUUAUCGCUGAUGAAGCUUUCGAUAAAAAAGUCAAAUGUGGUCUAAAAGAAGUAGCAACUCCACUUCAGCAAACAGUUUUUAACAUAAUAAAAACUGUGCAUCGGUUUUAUCAGGGAGGAACAACACUCAUGGAAGAAGUACAUGCAACUGUUAACCAUGUCAGCGCAAACCAGAUUCCAGGAAUGACGAACAUGGUUCUGGAAAUCAAGGAACUUUUUUUCAGCCACUUUCCUGUUAAUGAGUUACAGCAGAUGAGAGCACCAGAGAAGUCCUCAGUUACGAUGACAAUGCAAAACGUAUCUGUAAACGAAGAGAAAGAUUUUUCAAUCGGUCUUGUUAAUCUUUUUAUGGAAGAAAUAAAUCCUAUCGAAAAAUUGGAUGUUCCGAUGCAAAAUGAUUUGUCUAGAGCUUUACAAAGAGCCUUAACAAAGUUCAAUCAAUAUGGUAGGUUUAUUUGUUUAAUAAAUACUGUUUGUUAA